UGUGGCGAAUUACCCGAAUUGGAGAUGAAAAUUUUUGCGGUUCUUUUUGCUGUGGUGGCGGUAGCCCUUGCGAGGCCUGAAGCAGGUUACAGCUACAGCGCUCCAAGCGGUCCUACCGGCGGCGGCAGCGGCGGCGGCGGUGGCUACCCCUCAGGUCCCUCCCCACAGUACGGGGCACCUGCCCAGCCCCCCACCAUCCACAAGCACGUGUACGUUCAUGUGCCGCCGCCAGAGACCGACCUACCCGCUCCAAGGAAGCCCAUCGCGGUGGCCCCAGCACAGAAACACUACAAGAUCAUCUUCAUUAAGGCACCGACUCCACCAACCCCAACUGCCCCAAUAAUCCCAGUACAACCACAGAAUGAAGAGAAAACCUUGGUUUACGUAUUGGUGAAGAAACCUGAACCAGAACCAGAAAUCACCAUCCCCACACCAGCACCCACGCAGCCAAGCAAACCAGAAGUCUACUUCAUCAGAUACAAGACUCAGAAGGAAGAAGGUGGCGGUGGAUAUCCGGCCAGUGGCCAACCUGCCAGUUCUUACGGUGCCCCCUCGGCUCCGGCAGCGCCCUCUAGCGAGUACGGAGCCCCCGGACGUUCUGGUUAUUAAUUACUUUCCGUAAAGUAAAUGUAAAUUUGUAAAUAUUACCUCCAAUGCCAGUCGAGUUAUUCUUACUUGUGAUUUUUAAUAUAUCCAUUAGCAAACGAGUUUUAUUGGAAAAAUCACGGUGGACAAAUGUCAUUCUUUAUUCAACGAAGGGAAUGAGAGACAUUCUUGUACGGCAAUUAAAAUCUUUGUACUGUUACUGCACAGUGACGUUAGAUGUUGUUGAAUUUUGUAUAUAUGAUAGUCAAAUGUAAAUUAAGAAAAGCUUUAUACAAAUGUAGUAGCCCUAAGUUUAGUUUUUAGUUUUUUUUAUAUAUAUUUUUUACCUAUCACUUACAAUUGUACCU